UUGUACCUUCGCACCGGUUGCGCCAACGGAAGUGUCACGCUUUUUGAUAAAAGUUUAAUUCAAGAACUAUGGCUCAUUUCGAUCCUCCAGUGAUUCAAGAGAAUGAAAAUGGUUGGGGUCCAUGUAGUGUUCCUGAGAAAUACAAAGAUAUGCCAUAUCAACCGUUCGCGAAAGGAGACCGUUUAGGAAAGGUUUCUGACUGGACUGGUGCAACAUACCAGGAUAAGAGACAUCUAGGGAAGUACAAUUCAGCUUUUGGCGGAGGCGGCAGUCAAUAUGCAUAUUAUCAUGAGGAAGAUGAGAGUUCCUUCCAGCUGGUAGAUACACAGAAAGUGCAAAAACCUGUCUAUCAGCGUGGGCGACGUAUGUUCCAGCAGAACAAACAGCGUCGUGAGAGGGAACGUAAGCAGCAGCAACAGCAGGCUAACAACAUGCAAGUGCUUUCCAAAACACAAAAAAGUAGAGAAAGAGAUCGACAAAGGCUUUUGAGGAAAUGGCAGAAGCAAUUUGGACGUCAGCUGCAGGAAAACAGACAAAAGACUCCACUGAAACAUCGUGAUGCUUCAGUUCAAGUACGGGAAACAUGGGAUGUGGUUGAAGAACUUGAUUUCCCACGUAUGUCCAAACUCACACUCCCAGAUAUAGCGGAAGGAGAUGAUCUGUUAAAAUGUGGUAGUAUGGAGUACUAUGACAAGAGUUAUGAUCGUGUAUCCACAAAGAACGAGCGUCCUUUGAAAAGAAUUAAUCGUAUCUUCCACAAGGUUACAACAACAGAUGAUCCAAUGAUCAGACAGCUCGCCAAAUCUACUGGUAAUGUGUUUGCCACUGAUGCUAUCCUAGCUACAUUGAUGUGCUGCACUCGGUCGGUGUAUUCGUGGGACAUCAUUGUACAGAGGGUUGGUAAAAAGCUGUUUUUUGACAAGCGUGAUGACUCUGAGUUUGACCUGCUGACAGUGAGUGAGACCGCCAUUGAGCCACCACAGGAUGAAACAGGAAGUAUCAACUCGCCAAGGAAUCUUGCUCUAGAAGCAACAUUCAUCAAUCAUAACUUUUCACAACAGGUUCUGAAAAUGGGAGAAGAGAAACAUUCUUUUGAGAAGCCUAAUCCAUUUAUCCAGGAAGAUGAGGAGAGCCAAGUUGCUUCUGUAGGAUACAGAUAUAAGAAGUUCAGUCUCGGCAAUGACAUUGAGUUGAUAGUGCGAUGUGAACAUGAUGCAGUCAUGUAUGGUGUUAGUGGUGAAAAGCAGUAUGUUAACAUCAAAACUCUAAAUGAGUGGGACCCAAGGUGUAGUGGUGGUGUGGACUGGAGAAGUCGUCUUGAUAAUCAGCGAGGUGCAGUACUGGCCACAGAGUUAAAAAACAAUAGCUGUAAGCUAGCAAAAUGGACUGUCUGCUCUCUCUUGGCUGGAUCAGAUCAUAUCAAGUUUGGGUAUGUGUCACGUAAUCAUCUAAAAGAUACAGCCAACCAUGUGAUCCUGGGAACCCAGCAGUUUAAACCUACAGAGUUUGCAAACCAGAUAAACCUAAAUAUGGACAAUGGUUGGGGAAUUUUGAGGUGUAUUAUUGAUAUAUGCUUCAAACUGAAGGAAGGAAAAUACCUGAUCAUGAAAGAUCCUAACAAGCCAAUGGUACGUAUCUACGACAUCCCAGAUAAUACAUUUGAGACGGACGAGGAUGAUGAGUCUAGUGAGGAGGAGAGUACAGAGGAAAGUGAUGAUGAUGAAGCAGAGAAGUGAAAACCAGUCCAGAACUUUCUCACCAGGCUAAUUUGAGAUUUAUUUUAUUACAACCAGUAAAAAUAGUGACUUGAUUUUACUUCAAGUAGUAUUGACUUUAAUAAAGUGUCUGUGUUUUUAGUUAUUAAACUGAGCUAUUUGAUGUAAGAAAAAAUUGUAUUUGAUAAAAGUAAAGUAUUCCAACUGAAAA